CGUCUGUAUAUAAGGAACUAAACUAAGCCGCGCUGCAGAGGGUGAUGGGCGGACUGGUCCGCUCGCUCUCUGGAAGCUCCGCCCGUUCAGCCGUGCGCCUCCUCAGCCCUCAUUCAAAACAGAGGACAGCUGUUGCGAGGCGCAUCGUCGUGUCCUGAGCGUUAGCCUAAAAACUGUUAGCUGUCUGCUGUCUUCUCAUGCCCCCACUGGAAUAUCAAGAGAAGAAAGAAGAAAACGGCGCACUUCGACAGCAGGCUACAGCCUCACAGAAAGACAGGACUCAGUAGACAACGACGGCAAUACAGAACAACAGGCUAACCUCACUUCCAGCACUAUGCCCAUCUGACACACGACUGGGGGCCGGGCGGACUUUGCUGCAGCUGAGGAUGAUGAAUGGUCUCUUGCGCUAGAGCUAGAUGGUGUGGGAAUGAUGGACCUCCCUAAUGGCCAAUCAAGCAUCACCACCACUGCUGCAACAGUCUCUGAGAAGAGCAGCAGCUCAGAAUCUCUCAGUGAUAAGGGUUCCUCUGAGCUGAAGAAGAGUUUUGAUGCUGUUGUAUUCGAUGUGCUGAAGGUCACUCCUGAAGAAUAUGCAGGCCAGAUUACACUCAUGGAUGCUCCGGUGUUCAAAGCCAUCCAGCCAGAGGAGCUGUCAAGCUGUGGCUGGAACAAGAAGGAGAAACACAGCUCUGCUCCAAAUGUGGUGGCCUUCACUCGCAGGUUCAACCAGACAAGUUUUUGGGUGGUAAGAGAGAUCCUCCAUGCACAGACGUUGAAGAUAAGAGCGGAGGUGCUGAGUCUUUACAUUCGCACUGCCAAGAAACUGUGUGACAUGAACAACCUCCAUGCGGUCAUGGCUGUGGUGUCAGGGUUACAAAGUGCUCCCAUCUUCAGGCUUACCAAAACAUGGGCGUUACUGAGUCGGAAAGACAAGGCAACGUUUGACCGACUCGACUACUUGAUGUCCAAAGAAGACAACUAUAAACGUCUGAGAGACUGCAUAAGCAGCCAGAGCAUGGUCUCUUGUAUACCGUACCUAGGGAUGUACCUGUCUGACCUGACCUACAUAGACUCGGCCUACCCCUCCACAGGCAGCAUACUGGAGAACGAACAGAGAUCAAACCUGAUGAACAACAUUCUCAGAAUCAUAUCAGACCUGCAGAGAUCCUGUACCUACGAUAUACCAGUGUUGCCUCAUGUACAGAAGUAUCUCAACUCAGUCAGGUAUAUCGAGGAGCUGCAGAAGUUUGUGGAGGAUGACAACUACAAGUUAUCACAGAAGAUUGAGCCAGGCACCAGCACACCACGAGCAAACGCCUCCAAAGAGGAUCUUGUUGGCCAGGAAGCGUCAGCGUCUCCUCUCUGCGGCCGUAAAUGUACGGCAGCAAGUGAAGGACCCAAAGUCCCAGCGACGCCGCCCUCCCCCAGGAACCUGUUGCCCUAUGGACACAGGAAGUGCCACAGCCUGGGUUACAACUUUAUCCAUAAAAUGAAUACAGUCGAGUUUAAAAGUGCUACGUUCCCCAAUGCUGGUUCUCGCCAUCUGUUGGACGACAGUGUGAUGGAGAGCCACAGUCCCACCAGGGGACAAGCAGAGAGCUCGACUUUGUCCAGCGGUAUUUCACUUGGGAGCAGCGAGGGCUCAGAGCUCAGUGAGGAGGUGUCUUGGCCAGCUUUUGAGAGGACUCGGUUCUAUCACUCUCUGGGCCCAGUGACCCGAGUGGCCCGCAUCCCCUACAGAGGAGUCCUGAGGCCCAGCAGCUCUGCAGAGUCAGAGGAGCUCGCAGUUCACUUGUAUCCCGGAGCAGUCACAGUGCAGGGGGUGUUGAGACGAAAGACGGUGCUCAAGGAGGGCAAGAAACCAACAGUGGCAUCUUGGACCAAAUACUGGGUUGCUCUUUGUGGAACCCAGCUCUACUACUACCCUGCCAAGUCCCUGAAGGCCACUGAGAGAAAACAUUUCAAGUCGACAUCCAGUAAGAGCGUGUGUGUGGUGGGUCUAAUGGCCAUGAUGGCUGACGAUCCCGAGCAUCCUGAUGUUUUCUUGCUGACUGACUCAGAGCACGGUAACACCUACAAGUACCAAGCAGGGAACAGAAUGAACGCUUUGCUCUGGUUCAAACAUCUGAGUGCUGCCUGUCAGAGCAAUAGACAACAGGUGCCAGCCAAUCUGAUGUCAUUUGAGUGACCGAUGCUGGGGAGUAUGAAUGAGCAAAGGAGAGAGGGAUGAGGAAACAGACGAGGAGGAUGAGGAGGAGUGUUGACUCAGUCGUCGGAGCUUUCACUGCCACUGAGCCCUGCCCGCUGAUUCUCCCAAUUCUAGCCCUGGCCUCACUGCAGCCUCACCUGCCACCACUGCCUUAACCAGAGUACCCUGUGUGUGCGUGUGCUUGUACAUGUGAGAGUGAAUGUCAGUCUGCGUGUGUGUGUAUGGAUGGAAGUGACUGUUUGGGAUGUAUUGACUACUGAACAAGGACCUGGACCACUGCUCUUGUCUCCCAUUUGCUCUCAGUGUCUUUUUGUUUUUACUGAGUGUUCAGCACUUCAGCGGAGCCGCUCGACUUCUCCUCUCCUCUCUCACAGACAGACUGUCCUCGGAUGGACAGAAAUAAUCCUCUCCUUUGGUUUUCUUAAGGAUUUAGCUAUUUUUAUCCAUGUCCCCAUCGUGCUUGAAUGCAAGAGUCUCGCCUUUUAUUCGGCUGGACACGAAAUCACACACACACACACACACACUCACAAUGGACUAACCCGUUGGACUUUGGAGGGUUUUGAAAAACUUACUUUUUUACUUACUUGGUUCACUCUUUCAAUCGUUGGUCUCUUUAUUCACUCGAGUUUGCAUUGGAGUCACAGGAUUAUUUACACGCACUCACACACACACAAACACACACACACACAGGCCUAUUUGAUUGCAUCGUCGUAAACGUAAGGGCUCUGAUUCGCAAUCGAUUCCAGCAGAAACAAUUCCCUCACACACCGAAUGUCUCUAGUUUUUAUUACAGAACUUAGCCCCCCUCCCCCUUUUUUGUCAUAUACUCGCUAAGUGUUCUGUAUGUAUGUGUGUGUCUGUAUAAUUGCAUUGGGUGAAGGGGGGCGGGAGGGAAAAUGUUUGCUUAAAUUGCAGGAAUCUUGUCUGCGUUCCACACAGGUACGAUAAUCCCAGAAUCUAAGCUAAGGCGCAUUUCACGGUCGGUUAGACAAGAGUUACUCCUUUUACAAACCUGCGUUUCUUUGUUCUCCAGUGUUGUCUGCUCUCUGUCAUCGCUGCCAUCAGCUCAGAACGGUGACGCUCGGUUCACCAGACUCACAUACACUAAACACUAAAGACUUGAAACUGUGAAAGAGUCCAGAGAGAGAGAGUGACGGGAACUCAUAAUACAUGAUUUUAUCUCCUCUCCUUGUUGCUUAAUAUGGUUAGAUCCUCUGGUCUGGAGCAGACAUUCAAAGCUACCUGGAGCCAUACAGAGUCUAUUUUAAGUCUUGUUUGUUGAUAUUGUUUUGUGUUGUUAGUUUCUUUUCCUUUUUUGGGAGGGAUGGUGCAGUUCACAGUAUUACCAUGUAGUAGACGAUUGCACGUCAAUGUAGUUUUUUUUUUUUUUGUCUGUUACAUAUGAAUGUUACAUUUUUGUUUUUGUGUUUUUUCUCCUGUUUUGGAGCAGUUAUUUUGAAUAUUUUAUGUACAUGUGAAUUUUAUUAUUAUUUUUUCUUUCUAUUUUUGGCCCCUUACUCUAUUAACCAGGACCCAGCUCAGUUUUAGGCCCUAAGCAUGUUGCACCUGAUUCAGAAAUAGCAUAAGCACCUUGGUUAUAAUUAGUGCCAAGUGAUGUUACUGUCACUGUUUUUUCUUCGAGUUGGUGAAGCGUUAGGAAGGGCAAAGCUGCAGUGAAAUCAGGUGUGGGAACUGGCAGUGGGAAAAACCUGAUAUUUAUAGUUUCCUCUGUGCAUCACAGAUGUUUGAGCGUGCCACAAAUAGACUAUUACUGUUUAUUAGGUAGAUCAGGAUGGUGGUGAUGACAAUGAUGAGGUGCUUUUCACCCACUAAUACUCAACAAAUUCUAAUCUCCUUUUUAAAACAUCUGUUUACAUUGUAUGUUUACACAAUCUUUUGCCCAACAUCAAACUCUCCUCACUGCUCCACAUGUACUGUAUCUGCUUUAGGGAAAAAACAAUUAAAUGUCCUUCUAUCAGUGGGGUUUAUUAAGCUCAGAGUUUCAGGCUUAACAUAUCUGUACUCGCAGCACUGGAUCCCCUUUAGUGUGUCUAAUCUGGUGUAUUUAAACUGUCUGCAACACACUAUACUACUAAGUCAUCAGUUCAACUUUUUAGGUCAGACAAACGUUACAAACUGAGACAAUGUCUGUUUAAUCCCCAUCAGUUCUUUGUAUAUUAACUAUAAGAGAUGGUAGUGGAUGAACCUGUGGAAGAAUGAAUGAGGAAGCCAAAGACAGGCUUAUGUAAUGCAGCAGUUACUGUAAGUACGUGUGUGCAUUUGUGUGCCUGUGCAUACUUCUCUAUUUUUAAAAAAAAAAAACAUUGUAAUUCAAGUCCAGAAGGGCAAAUCCUUCGAGGCUGCCAUCACUGCUGAGCAGUGAAGGAACUGGCUACCUAAUCAUCUGUGUGACUGACUCGGCCAGCUCAUGCUACGACUCCCUGCUGGCUUGUGUUGUACAUGAAGUGUGAAGAAAGGAGGACUCGUGAGGGGGUAGGAAGUGGAAACUAUACUGGUCUGUGUCUGCUGUGGUCGGAGCCACAGGACAGAGCAGAGGAGCGUUUGAAGUGACAAAAUCCCAGAGCUGAAGCACUAUGGAGGCUGUGAUUGUUACUGGUGUUUUAAUACCACUGGUGGGCCAGGGAUAAGAGGGGCUGCAAAUGAAAUAAGUGACAUGCGUGGGACAGAGUUUUUAGGGUUGGGGUUGAGAGACUGUUUAAAUACAGAUGCUGGUAAGGCAGGUAAGAACUGAUGCUGACUCAGAAACUCUGACAAGCCCCAAAGAAACAGACAAGCCCAAUGUAGACAACAACCCUAUCACAUUUCCUUCUUCUCUGUUUGCUUUAGCUGACAUUAACUUAGGACAAUAGAAGAAAAAGAAAUUACAAGAGAUGUGGGGUCCUAAUUUACUCCAGUUUUAUACCUAAAAAGGGGAAGGGUCUAAUCUUGGAACAUGUAUUUAAAUUAAUUUGGGUUUAACAAUCUUUCCCCUGAGAAAUUCCCAGAUCAUGCUGAGCGCUUUUUGUGAGGUUUUCCUCACUGUAACCUGAGUUUACAUGAAUUUCUUUUUUAUAUAAUCAUUUCUGUACAGUGUAUGGUCAGAAUAAUGGAAACAAGUUUCACUUUUGUUUUGUGGUUUUAGUCGACUCAUUUCUUGGAUUUCAAUGCCAAUCACUACUAAUGUAUUGACUCCACCAUUAUCUAUUUUGGAACACGAGUGGAAAAUCCAAAUGUCAGCCACUCAUUUAAGAUCUUUUUUGAUUAUUAUGAAGAAACUUGAUGCCAUGCUUGAAAUUUCUCUUUGCUGUGGUCAGAGCUCAUGUUGUUUCCUUUAAGUUGACCAUACUGUCUACAAAUGCACAAUUUGCCCUGUAUUAACUGAGUGAAUCUGCCUUCUGAAUUCAUUCUUUUUAAAGGUGAGAUGUUUAAAAGUUGAGAUGAAGGGUUCGAGCGGGGGAAGUGUUUGAGUGUGGUUAUAUGUUUAUUCUUUGGUGGAGAAAUGGAACCAAUGUGAAUCUGUGCCUCCUGUGCACCGGCCAGGCAUCCUUCACUGUUUACCAAGGACAUCAACAACAACCUUUGUUCGACCCGCCAAAGGUGAUGAGGGUGAUGUAUAAAUGACCUUUGACCUUCACCCUUUACCUGGCUCUGUGUGUGUCUGUCUCUGUCUGUCCUGUGUCAUGACUGAGGCGAGCGCUGUGACCUCACUGCUGAGCGAUGUGCUGCCUGGUGUGAAGACUGAGAACCAAUAAACACUCUGCCCUUUUUUACUCCACA